GGAGCCGCGGAGCCGACGUACGGGGGGGGAGAGACGGGCGGGCGGGAAGGCGAGCGGCGUCAGCGGAGGCGCUGGGAGCGGCCCGGGCUUUUGACGGCGGCGGAGGCGGCUGGGAGAGGAGAGCCCGAGAGCGCGGACCCAUGGCGCAGAGGUACGAUGAGCUGGGCCAUUACGGCGGCAUGGACGGGGUCGGGGUGCCGGCCUCCAUGUACGGGGACCCGCACGCGCCGAGGCCCAUGCAGCCCGUGCAUCACCUGAACCACGGGCCGCCUCUGCACGGCCACCAGUACCCGCACCCCGCGCACGCGGGCGUCAUGUCAGCCGGGAUGGGCUCCCCCGUCAACGAUGCGCUCAAGAGGGACAAGGACUCCAUUUACGGACAUCCGCUGUUCCCGCUGCUGGCCCUCGUGUUUGAGAAGUGUGAGUUGGCCACCUGCACCCCGAGGGAGCCGGGAGUCGCGGGGGGAGACGUUUGCUCUUCCGACUCCUUCAACGAAGACAUCGCUGUGUUCGCCAAGCAGGUGAGAGCAGAGAAGCCAUUGUUUUCAUCCAACCCGGAGCUGGAUAAUUUGAUGAUCCAGGCGAUACAAGUAUUACGGUUUCAUCUCUUAGAAUUGGAGAAGGUUCACGAACUCUGCGACAACUUCUGCCACCGGUACAUCAGCUGCCUCAAGGGCAAGAUGCCCAUAGACCUGGUCAUCGACGACCGGGACGGAAGCACCAAGGGCGACGACGACAUCUCGCGGCCCUCCUCCAGCAGUCUCGCCGAACAGAUGCAAUCGUGGAACCGGGACCACGAUGACGUCCUCUCCACGCACUCCGGCGGAACUCCGGGGCCCUCGAGCGGCGGCCUCGCCUCGCAGAGCGGCGACAACAGCAGCGAGCAAGGCGACGGCAUGGACAACAGCGUGGCGUCGGAAGGGACGGGCGACGACGACGACCUGGACAAGGACAAAAAGAGGCAGAAGAAGCGGGGGAUCUUCCCCAAGGUGGCCACCAACAUCAUGCGGGCCUGGCUCUUCCAGCACCUGACGCACCCGUACCCUUCGGAGGAGCAGAAGAAGCAACUGGCGCAGGACACGGGGCUCACCAUCCUGCAAGUCAACAACUGGUUUAUUAACGCAAGACGCCGAAUAGUGCAGCCCAUGAUUGAUCAGUCCAACCGAGCAGUGAGCCAGGGAGCCGGGUACAGCCCUGACGGGCAGCACCUGGGAGGCUUCGUGAUGGACGGCCAGCAGCACAUGGGCCUGCGUCCUCCCGGGCCGAUGGGUGGCAUGGGCAUGAACAUGGGCAUGGAGGGCCAGUGGCACUACAUGUAGAGUGCCCCCUUCGCGGAGACAAGGAGCACAACCAGAUCCUUCAAGGUUUUCUCAAGGACCGGGCGUGGAGAAUUCGCAGGCGCCCGGCUUCUUCCCAACCCCAUCCAACCACGGCUCGCGGAUCGAGGAGAAGGGGGGGGGGGGUGGGUGGUGGUGGCACCUCCGCGAUGCGGGACCUGUCGUCGACGGGACGCGGUGUACCACCGCCGUCUCGUUUCGUUUCUGCUUCUCGCUGCAGCCCACGUUGGUGGUGGUGGGGGAUGGGCGGUGUGUGUCUCAUCAUCCUCCACCUUCCUCGUUCUCCCAGCCAACCUCAAACCAACAACGACCACGGGGGGAACCUUGGCCAUAGUCUUCGCGCUCGGAGCCUCGGCGUGUCUGGAUGGAUUUGUUGCAGUGGCGCCACGCUGUCGCGCCGGCGUGGAGUCUUUCUAAGCGGUAACGGUGAACUCGGAGGGGCGUGGACUUCUUCGAUGUGAUUCGCCGACGAGGCGACCAGAGGAACUGGAACUUUGGGCACCGUCCAAGGACCAACUCAGUCCUCCUUACUUGCACGUCGGAAUAAUAACAACACAAAAAACCGCCGCAACUUUUCUUUUUUUUAAACGUGUAUCUACAGAAAUGACUUUUAAGGGGUUUUUUGGGGGGAAAAGGACAUUGUUUUACUACUGUAUAAUGUCAUAAAGAGAUGUUGUAUAGCCUACUGAUCGGUAGUCCAUAUUAUCUUCUCGUCAGAUUUUUUAAAAGGAAAACAAAGAUAUUUGUUUCCACACUAUGUGUGUUGCUGUGACAUUGCCCCGUACCCCCCUCCAUAACAACCGAGAGAGAGAGAAAUUGUUGUAAUAUACAAGUUAAUGUCACUUUAGUAAUGAAGAGAGAGAGAGAUGGAAGAGUGUUUUUUUUUGUUUUGUUAAUAGCAUGCUUCUUAAACAGUUACGUAGGGAUGUGUUGUCUAGUUAAAUUAUUUCUUAGUUAAAGAAACAAAAAAAGACGUGUACAAAAUGUAAAACUGCAUUGGAGUGAGUCUGCUGUCGCCGGUGAAAGAUUUUUUUUUUUACCGCUCAGACCUCCCACUUAGCCUUGCUACCUAUCUGAUCCUUUUGCACACUACCAACGUAUCCGAGGGAUGGUGUUGUUCUACUUGUUGACACUUCCAACCGAAUUCCCAGCCUGCUGUGAAUUGCGUUUGUGUGUGUGGUGGGUUUUCCUUUUUGUGUUUUUAAAUUUACAACGCGUUUUCGGAGAAAGACGACACCGGGGGCUGUGGCGUUGCGCGGCGGUGGCGAUUUGGCGUCGGGGCACCUGGUGCAAGAAAUGCAAAUUGGGGGCCUCAAGUUCCUGAGUUUUGCCCACCCCCCCCCCACACUCCGAUCCCUGUGGCCACCCAGGGUCCCCUGGCGCGUCGCACCUGCAGGUUCCUUGAAAAGUCAUCGGUCGCCAAAAAGCUCCUGCAAACAUCACGACCUCACAGAUUUGCAAUACGUCGAUAUUUUUUAGAACGAGAACUUUGGCAAAAAUUAAACCGUGCAAUUAUUUUUGCAAACAUUUCUACGAUGAGUGAUGGCAAGGUACAAAAACAAGGGUCGUAGGAAGAGGAGAGGGCCUCGUUGAAAAGGUGUACCCUAAGAGACUGGAAGUGACUUCUUGCCAUGAAGUUCACCCUUCAUCGCAAGAAGGCAUUUUCCUGUGGCUCCGUGUUGGUCCACGGACCAGGGAAGACAUUGGUUCCAGCUAAGAUGGCACAACUUUCAUUGUAUGUAUGUGUGUUGAACUUGUUUGCGCCAUACGUAGCCAACCUGUGCUAAUUGGAGGUGCGGGGGAAGAACGACAAACUAAACACAAAAAGCAGUUCUAAAGAAAUGAGUUUUCAAUCCGGUUUAAAAGUGCAUAAAAUUAUUAUCAUCAUCAUAAGCGUCAUCCAUCAACAAUGUAAGCCAUUGUCCAUCAACUCCUGGAUGAAAGCCCCUGCCCAAGCUCUCCUCUCUGGCUCGGGCACGCUCGUCGACUUCAUUGCUGCGGACGUCGUAUAACAUUUCUCGAAUUGGCCGAUAAAAGUUAAUUAAUGUGUGACGCCCAUUCCAAAUGCUUGUGCGUCCAAAUGUAAAUCCGUCACCGUGUCGACCUUUUCAACCACGCAACUAGCUUUUUGCAGUGUCGGAUGGUACCAAUGGGUGAAAUUAAUAUCUCGUCCGGCCUCACGCGUUCUCCAAACUGCCUGCCAAACUUAUCUGCGUGCGUCGCCGCGUGCUCCCAACGAGCGCCCGGUGUUAGUCCGUCCACCAAGUGUGUCGCGCACACACACACCUUGAGUUCACGCCACCGUAUUGACAGGUGCAUCCGAAAUGCUGCAUACGCACUCCCGCCACUUGUGCGGCGGUGUAAGCAGAGCCGAGAGGUCGACUGCGUUACUGGAUGUGGUGUGCCGGGCGUGUGAAAUAUGCCGCAGGCCUGCGGACCCAGACAUACAGCUGGCUGAAAUUGGGCCAUGGGUCUAAAGCUACGGGGUGUACUCGCCUCCCAUGCGUGCGCUGUAGGGUGGUGGUGGAGUGCGGUGGACAUGGGUCCCUGCUGCAAGGAAUGAAAUUCGAUCCUCUCGUCCCCACCCUGUUAAAAAUGUCCGCCACGCCUCUCCGUAGCCCCAGGGCACCUGGCGGGCCCUGGUGGCAGUUACACCGCCUGCACACUCGGCGGGCAACCGCCACCGGUGUUGAUGUUCUGACAACGUCGUCUUGUUGCGCUACCACAGGUAUCGCCACGUGUACCCCUCCCCCUCUAUCAUGUGCGAUGUGUUUGCCGCAUCAUAGGCUUGGCUGGCGAUGAUUAUUAUAUAUUUUGUUGGUGUCUGUGUAACACAGUGCGCGUGCCUCCCUCCCUCCCUCCCGUGGGUCUCUGCAGAGACAAAGAAACGUGGCCAAUGUGGAAUUCAAGAUCUCCUCUUAACUCCCCCCCCCCCUUGCAGCAACCAGGACCCCCCCCUAUCCCCCACCACUACCCCCCACCACUACCCCCCCCCACUACCACCCCCCUACCCCGUGCAGUGAAACGAUCGUUUUGGAGAACAUCUCUUUUCUUUGUAAUCGUCGUUUUUAUAAAGAAGACUCAACUUGCACAUGUGCAUACUCACAUUUCCAGUUUUCUAUAGGUCUCCCGAGAUAACACCUUUACUACAUUUGUCCGUCUUACAGCAAACUUUGGACGUGUACAGCAAUGUAAAUUGAACUUGAUUUAAUAAACGUAUUUUGUUCUAUGAA